AUGUCGUCGUUCAACUGGCGGCGGCCAUUCCGCAGCCGGGAGGCGGACGACGGCCGCGACGCGGCCGCCGGCACCAACGCGUCGGCAUAUGACGCCGCCGAGCUGACCGACGGGAGCCUCGUGUACGUGGCCGAGAAGGGCGGCAACGACUCGCUGCCGUCGUACCAAGAGGCCACGGGCGCGCCCGUCGAGACGAGCUCGCCGCUGGGCUACUCCGUCGGCGCCAUCACCAUCGUCUUCCUGAACAUCAGCAAGAUGAUCGGCACCGGCGUCUACUCCACCCCUGCGGGUAUCCUCAGCGGCACCGGCUCCGUCGGCCUCUCCAUGAUUUACUGGGCGCUGGGCUUCCUGACCUCGAUUGCGAGCUUAUCCGUCUACCUCGAGUUCGCCGCCUACUUCCCCAACCGGUCCGGGUCCGAGGUGGUCUACCUCGAGCAGGCCUACCCGCGCCCGCGCUGGCUGUUUCCCACGUCGUUUGCCUUUCUGUCGGUCGCGCUGUCGUUUAGCAGCGGCAACGCCAUUGUGCUCGCCCAGUACCUGUUCCGCACGAACGGGUACACGCCCACCGCCUGGGAGCUCAAGGGGGUAGCUGUCGCGGGAUACACGGUUGCUGUGCUCGUCGUCGCCUUCAACACGCGCGUCUCGUACGGAAUUUCGAACGCAAUCGGCAUCGUCAAGGUACUAACGCUCGUCUUCAUCGCCCUGACGGGCCUGAUCGUGCUGGGCGGCAACGUCUCGCGCGUGCCGAACCCGCACGCCAACUUUGUCAACCCCUUUGAGGGCGCGGCCACGCCGUACGGCGCCACCAACGCGCUUUACAAGAUUGUGUUCUCGUAUGCGGGCUUUGAGAAUGCCUUCAACGUUGUCAACGAGAUCAAAAACCCCGUCAAACAGCUCAAGCGCAACGGCUUCAUCUCGCUGACGGUCGUGGCGAUUCUGUACAUCCUGGCCAACAUUGCCUACUUCUCCGCGGUGCCCAAGGCGGACCUCAAGGCGGCCAAGCAGAUCGCCGCCAGCCUAUUUUUCAGCAACGUGUUCGGGCCCGGCAAUGCCGUCAAGGGCCUCAACAUUCUAAUCGCGCUAAGCUCGUUCGGCAACCUAGUCGCCGUGCUGCUGGGGUCUUCGCGUUUGAUUCGCGAGUGUGGACGACAGGGCGUGCUUCCCUUCCCGCGAUUCUGGGCAUCGACGCGGCCCUUCGGCACGCCGCUCGGCCCGUACGCGCUGAAAUGGGCUCUGACGAUAAUCAUGAUCAUCGCGCCGCCGGCCGGCGACGCCUUCAACUUCGUGACGGAUUUGCAGGUGUACCCGUCGGCCUUCUUCAACGUAGUGAUGGCCGUGGGGAUCUACCUGGUGCGGAUCCGGCGCAAGCACCUGGGGCUGCCGCGGGCCGAGUUCCGCGCCUGGGACCCCAUCAUCGUCUUCAACAUCCUCGUCAACCUGUACCUCCUCAUCAUGCCCUGGUACCCGCCGGCCGGGGGCAUAUAUGCUGGCGACGUCAGCUUCUGGUAUGCCACAUAUGUCGUGACGGGAAUCGCCAUUCUCGUCGGAUGCGGCGUGUACUAUUACCUCUGGAUUUCGGCGAUUCCCCGGCUGCGCGGAUACCGGAUCCGCCAGGAGGUGGUCGUGUUCGACCACGGUGCGCAGAGCCACCGGCUGAUCAAGGUCCCGGUGGACGAGCUAGCGCACUUUGAUGCAACCCACGACGCCGUGGGGCGGCCGCUUGCCGAGUCGGGGUCCGAUGCGGGAGCCGGAGAUGACUUGAAGGAGGACGGCUCCGCCGAAGUGACCAGGGAGGGGCCGGCCGUGCCGACAGUUGAUGCCGAGAAGCAGUGACGGGCCCGACACACGAGUGAGAGAUCUGACUUGGGGCGAGAAAGAUGCAGCGGGUUGGGGGAUGAGCAAAGUCUCCGAGAAUCUCUCUCUGCUGGGGACGCGGAAUUGUCGGGACCAGAGUCUAGAACUUGGUC